AUGUAUAUUGCUCCUUCACAGCCAAUAGAAAUAGAGAAGUUUUCAAAAGGAUAAAUAAAACCCACUGGAUAGGAAUUAGAAUUUCUGUAAAAGUCACCAGAGAAUAAUCGUAAAUUGGAGGUUUAUUAUGGGAAAGCAUAAGAAUAGCUUGCGAGACCUGAAAAUAAAUAGAAGGCAAAUAUGAACUAAGAUUAAAUACAAAGAUUUCCUGAAUAACAGCAUUAGUUUUAGUUUCCUGAAGGGAGAUGGUAAGAUAAUAGAUUAAAGGUCAAUUAAAAACAUGGAUCAAUUAUGAAUCCUUAAUCAUAUAUAUGUACGUAGCGAUUUGAUAGUGUUCCAUAUAAUACAAUAUUCACAGAUAAUAAUAUAUACAAGGCUGUUCCUGAGAAUACAACAUAAAUUAAUGUACAACCUUUAGAGCACAGAAUUAGUGCUUAAAGUUUGAGAGGACCUUAGAGAGGAUAUGUUUAGGGUUUAAGAGGGUUAUCUUAAGAUUAUUAAUAACCAGAGAUAGGUUUUUACCCUUAAGAUUUUAGAUAAAUGGAUAAAUAAGGUUUUGGUUUAGUUCAUCAAGACUAUAGAAGAAUGGCUCCGCCUGGAAUACUAAAUGAGUUUAGGAGAGGAAUCCCAGAGCCAAUAUUUCAUAAAAGAAAUAAUUGGAUGGAAGAAAGAAGAGAUUAUAAAGAUAGAGUUUAUCCAAUUAGAGAUUAUGAGUAAGUGCCUAGAGGAGUAGUAAGUUAUGUUAGAUAGUCUGUUAUAUUAAAGGAGAAAAAUAUAUUUCCUUAAGAGUAUGGAAGAUUUCCAUGUUUUGAUUCUGAGGGAUAGAGAUAUGAGCGUUAAUCUGAUUUUGGAAUGUAUAAUUAGCAUCGAGUUCCUGGUUAUUAUGUACGAGAUAAUGAAGGAAAUAUAGGAAUGUAGAGAGAGAGAGAGAGAAUGGAUAGAUAUGGGAAUUCAAUUAAUUAAUAAGAAUGGGUUUUUCCUUCUUUCUAUGGGUAAAAGGGAUAAUAAAUAAAAAGAGAAGGAAUGGAAGAUUAGAAUGCAGAAAGAGAUUGUUGGGGUUUUGGGAGAAGAAGGUAUGGAUAAGAGUAGAGAAUAAAAUAGGGUUGAAUUUAAUAUGAAAUUUUGUUAUUGUG